UUUGUUGAGCAGAAAUUACAAUGUGAGCUAAAUGGAAGCGAUGGGACUACUUCUGCAUUUACUUCUGCAAGUACGCGAUUGUUUUUAAUUACGUCGUUUUAAUAAGGCUGCGCGUCCACGUUUGUUUCACAAUCACUUAAAAAGUAAAAACUAAGAAGACUCGAAAAUGCCUCGACACGGAAAGAAAAAGGGCAUUCCAGAUAGGUGGCUGGACUACAAAGCCGUCGGCAAACGACUCGACGGGACCCGUUUUGUCGCCUUCAAAGUUCCCCUCAAGCAGUCUUUCAACCGCCAGCUCCCGCCCUCCCAGGUGUUUGGGCCGUGGGAGCUGCUGGACGCCGUCAAAGAGGACCGCCAAGAACUGGGUCUCAUCAUAGACCUGACAUUCACAACGUGCUACUACCAGCCGCAGGACCUGCCGGCGUCUUUGCUGUGCGUCAAGAUCUUCACGGAGGGUCACAUGAUUCCCAAAGACGACACCAUCUUGGCCUUCAAACGUGUGGUGCGCCGCUUCCUGCUGGACAAUGCUGACAACGACAAGCUGAUUGGCGUCCACUGCACGCACGGCCUCAACCGCACCGGUUACAUGAUCUGCAGGUACCUGAUCGACGUGGAUAGGAUGGACCCAGAAGAGGCCGUGAAACUCUUCAACUUGUCUCGCGGACACGCCAUAGAGCGACAAAACUACAUCAACGACCUUCGCAGAGGACGCAGGAGAAGCAAUAAGGGAAUGAGCGAGUGUGCGCUCACGUUCGUCAGAGGUACCGCUGUCGCUCGGCCGCUAGAAGGUCAAGACAAGGGACGAGCACAUACUUACGGGCGGUUAGACCGCCCCCCAUGUGAUAUCCCCGAAGAGGAAUGCCCCACAUAUGACAGCAGCCAACAUGGCCACCCCCCACGCGGCGCCCACCAAGCAGGCCGCCCCACACACGAGUCCCCCCAACAUAGCCGCCCGCCACGCGGCACCCCCCAGCAAUACCAGCCCGCAUGCGACCGCCCCCCACGCAGCACCCACCAGGUAUGCCGCCCCACGCAUGAGGGCGGCACGCUUCCCUUCCUGCUUCCUCGGGUCCCCCUCCACUCAUACAGAUGGGCACCACCGCAUCCUGCCAACAAGUGGGCGCGGCCCCAGUAUGCUCAACCCCACGUCCAACUGCAGCGCCCCCGGCCGCCCUUGAAGCGCUACACCCCCCGGUGGGCCAACCAACAUAGCGGUGACAGACAGGAGGAGGGGGCGGGGCCAGGUUGGUGACACCUUGAGCAACAUAUCAACAGAUUGAGCAACUCGUAGUUUUCAUGAACAACCAAGUCUUUUGUGUCCUAAUUAGCAACCAGGCUAGGCUAACAGGUAUGCCAACGCUUGGCUAGCUUCCUUGCUGCCAUCAAUGGGAUAAUAACAAGGUUACCAUGACAACUGCAGAGCUAACUAGUUGGCUCAACUUUGAUUACCUCGGAUAGAAUCGUCACGCGUGAAGAUGACAUCAUCACACGCGGCCACGCCGCUGGCUUCUCAUUGGCUGCCAGAGUUUUGUUGAUUUUAGACGGCAGCGCGGCAAAUGAAAUAAAAAAUGAAUUUUAAACGUGCACCUU